AACCAGCGGCACCAGCUCGGAGAGAAACCAGAGGUACAAUAGGCAGUUCCUUCCAAGGAGAUGUCAAUUCCAUUCUCCAACACCCACUACCGAAUUCCACAAGGAUUUGGAAAUCUUCUUGAAGGACUGACACAAGAGAUUCUGAGAGAGCAACCAGACAAUAUACCAGCUUUUACAGCAGCAUACUUUGAGAACCUCCUAGAGAAAAGAGAGAAAACCAAUUUUGAUCCAGCAGAAUGGGGAGCUAAGGUAGAUGAUCACUUCUAUAACAACCAUGCAUUCAAGGAGCAGGAACCACUUGAGCAAGAUGUGCCUGAAAAAGAAAAAUCUCAGGAAUCUGUGAAUGAGGAAGAGACACCAGUCAUAGCCUUAGAAUCUUCAGAGGAAGAAAAGGAAAAAGAGGAGCUUGCUGCCCUCAAAAUUCAAUCAGUCCAUCGGGGACAUUUAGCCAAAGAAAAAGUGAAGAAGAUGAAGUCAGGUGAAGGGGAAAAAGAGGAAGAAGAGGAAAAAGCUGAAGAGGAAACAGCUUGA